AUGGCAACAUUCAAUGAUCCGUUAGGCCAAGCACAAGAUGUAAAACGGUGUCAGCUUUGUCCUGGAAAAGACAGAAAAUCUGCUGCUGAAACUUGUUGCAAUUCCUGUCAAGUUAACCUAUGUAAAAUCUGUGUAGGAAACCAUGUUAUAUCUGAUCCUGACAUGAAACACGAUGUUGUCACUUUCAAAUUUAAAAAAUCUGAAGUCAUACCACCCCAGUGUAGCUUCCAUGACGAAGAAAAAUGUGACAAAUUUUGUGAACAGUGCGAUUCUCCAUUCUGUCUGAAAUGCCUCAACUCUGGAGCACAUAAAAGUCACAAUGUCCAGUCAAUUUCUGAAAUAUACAAGUCCAGACAGGACAAAAUUACAAAAGACAAUCUAGAACUUGAAACUGAAAUCGCACCGGUGUAUGAUGCAAUUUUAUCUGAAAUAGAAACAAUGACAUCAAAUGUCCUCCAACAACAUGAAGAUAGAACUCAAUCAAUAAAAAAUCUUGGUGAAAAAUGUCAUAGGCUUGUAGAAAAUGUCAUCAGAAGAUAUGCGAAUGUUUUGAAAGAAAGAUACAGUCAAGAUAAUAAAAACUUGUUGACGUUAAAAAGCGAGUUCCAGAGGCUACAAUCCUUAAUACAGUCAGCUAUAGACGAAAAAAAAUCCAUUCUAUCUUCCAUGGAUUCAUCCAAACUUAUCCAUUAUAUUUCCAGAAAUGAAGACUUUAUCAAUAUACCACCAACGUUUGAACUAACAGUUCCAAAUUUUACCCCAGUUGAGAUUACAGAACAAGUACUGUUUAAAAUGAUUGGUGAAAUUCCAGAGACAAUUAAAUCUAACAUUCAAGGAGAAGUUAUUAGAGUUGUUCAACCCAUAGUACAAGUACAUUCAGAAAACCAGACAAGAAUUUCAUUGACGAACCUCAAGUAA